AUGGCGCCUCUCGCAAUCGCCGAGCUUUCGCUUUGCGGGCUCAUCUCGCGGUUGAAGGAGGUGGAGCACAUCAAAGGCAUCAAGAGUCCUGAUGAUGAGCAGGCCGCAAUCCUUUCCACAGAAACGGAUGUCAAGAAGGCUCUGUUCGAGCAGCUGCAGGCUGCGAAAACAGACGGCGUGGCUUCCUUCGAAAAGAAGGUUGGGAAAGAGUUUUUGCAAGAGCAGCUGAAGUCCAUCGACGAAACCUCCAAAGGAGGUCAGGCAAAGAAGAGCAAGCUUCAGGAGCUCCUGACCGGCCUAGAGGCGGCGUCCAGCAGAGAGGACCCUGCGCACGUUCGCCGAGCUAAGCAGGACGUAGCGAAGUCCGAGAAGGCCUUCGAGGAUAUCCGCAAGGACUACGAGCGAUGGGAAAAGGGCAAGAAGAUGCUCAACAUUGACGAGAUAAAGGUUCUCAAGCGCUCCUUCGAAGAAAGCAAGGCCAAGGUGGAGAAAGCCAGGGCUAUCGUCGAGGAGCAGCAGCUUCGCCGAGCAGAGGCGGCCGUGGCGCCGGUGGCGGAGGAAAAGGAGAGGGGGGCAGCUGCCCUUGCUGCAGAGGCACGGUCUGCUCGAGCACGAGCUGUCGCCAGCAAGGCACCUUCUCGGCCGAUGAAUCCGAGCGUAACUUCGAAGGCGGCAGCGCCUGCAGGAUACCCGCCAAAGGCGGCAGCGGUUGCUCCCGCCGCAUUGCGUCAGGCGCAGGUUGCGGCCCAGGUGAGGGCCGAAGCGGAAGUGCCAUCAAUCCCAGCCUCAGCACCAGCCCCGCGACCUCGGCCAGCCCCACGGCCCAAGGCAGAGGACGCACCUGUGCUUUCUUAUGCCUGCACAUGUACAGCAGUUGCGCAACAUCUUGGAAUCACAGAGGCGCAGGCCAGAGAGCUCGCAGAAUCUGCCCGCGACUUCGCUCAGCACUUUGAUGCCGAGACUUGGGAAGCUCUCCAGGAGAAGUCCUUGGCCAUUGAGAAGGCCAAUCAGGAGAAGCAGCGCGAGGCAGAGAGGCGGAAGAAGGAGAAGGCCUUGGCCAAGGUGACGCAAGUUCAGAGCAGUGCUGCUGCUGUAGGCGCUGGCGCCGGCGCAGCCAAUGCCAAGACAGCAGCCAAAGCGGUAGCGCAAGCCGUAGUCGGCAGAAGCCCCGACCCGAUCGCUGCAAAGGCAAAGCCAAAGGUCAAAGCAAAGAGCACAGCCAAGGAGCUUCCACGUCACGACGGACUGUCAAGCCUGGCUGGCGCCAACAAGUUCGGCAGUCUUGAAUCAGAUGAUGAGGAGGAAGGUUGGGCAAAAGUGAGGCGCUGA